GUUGGCUGCAGGUAUGGAUGUUGUUCUCUUUUCCCUGUCUUUAUUUCCUUCCCAAUCGGCUGCCAUCCGAGGAGCUGAGGAAGCCUAGAGCUCUCAGGAGCAGUCCUUUGAGCUGGUGUAGGGGUACUCAGAAUGGUCCAGCGUUUGACAUACCGACGUAGGCUUUCCUACAAUACAGCCUCUAACAAAACUAGGCUGUCCCGAACCCCUGGUAAUAGAAUUGUUUACCUUUAUACCAAGAAGGUUGGGAAAGCACCAAAAUCUGCAUGUGGUGUGUGCCCAGGCAGACUUCGAGGGGUUCGUGCUGUAAGACCUAAAGUUCUUAUGAGAUUGUCCAAAACAAAGAAACAUGUCAGCAGGGCCUAUGGUGGUUCCAUGUGUGCUAAAUGUGUUCGUGACAGGAUCAAGCGUGCUUUCCUUAUCGAGGAGCAGAAAAUCGUUGUGAAAGUGUUGAAGGCACAAGCACAGAGUCAGAAAGCUAAAUAAAAAAAAUGAAACUUUUUUGAGUAAUAAAAAUGAAAAGACUUGCUGUA